UGAAGUAGCCUCUUUCAUUGUUUAUAUCACACUUCGAUAUAUAUACACCUUACUUGAUCAUUUAUCAAACAUAAUGAAAAACGACUUACUAGUAGCUGAAUGAUGAUUUUUUUUCUAAUUCAACUGGUUUGCUUUUACCUCAAAAAAAGAUCAUACAAAAAUGUUCGGAGCUUUGAACCAGUCACUUACAUGUGAAGGAAACACGCACGUGAUCACAGGCGGAGAUGUUUUAAGAUGUAUUAUCAUCAUUAUCAUUAUGUUGCUGAUCAUAGUCGGGAAUGUUUGCUGCCUUGUCGUGUUCAACAGUCCAAAGACGAAGAAACAGUUUAUGAAGCGAGUUAGAUACAUGAUGAACUCACUGUGUUGCACGGAUUUGAGCAUGGGACUGCUAAUGUGUCCAUCAACAAUCUAUCCAGCUCUCAAACAUUGCUGGCCGCUCGGAGUUUUUAUGUGUAAAUUUGAAGCUCUUCUUAUCUCAGCUUUGUUUCACGAAUCAACAUUAAAUAUGGUGUUAAUAGCUAUAGAUCGUUGCUGUAUUAUACAUUGUUCAAGAUACAACAACAUUAUGACGUCAAAAAGGUUUUUGUUUGUCAUCAUAGGAACCUGGGUGACAGUAUUCACUUGUUAUGCUGUUGUUAUUUUUGGAACAGAUCAAUUUUACUACGACAACAUCGGAAUAAACUGCGAGCCGUUUUAUCUAGAACCGAAAGUAACGCUAACCGUUCUUAGUAUAUUCUAUUUUGUACCAGCAGUUAUAUUUGUUGUCUGUUAUGGUUCGAUAUACAGGACUGCCACACAGAGAAAGGUUUUGACUGUUUCUCCUGACGAUAAGCAUGGUAAAAUGGUAAACGCUAACAUACGGACAUCGAAAUACCUGGCAGCUAUCACGGGUGGAUUCUUCGUCGCUGUCUCACCGUGGACUCUUUGUACGCUCAUUAUCGUUGCCGCUAAAGUAACGCUUCCGGAUGAAGCUGAUUUCUUUGUCACGUGGUUAGCUCUUAGCAACAGUUUCUGGAACUGCCUGAUAUAUGGAUUAAUGAACAGAAAAUUUCGCCGCGCAGCAUUGAAAUUUGCAUGUGGAAAGUGGAGUACAGUGUGCCUCAAGGGUCUGUCCUGGGACCCAAGAGCUAUGUGAUGUAUACGAAACCUGUCGGAGAAAUCUGCCGUAAACAUGAUCUAAACAACCAUUUCUUCGCAGAUGACUCACAACUCUAUCUAUCCUUCAAACCAGUGACUAAUAUUUCAAUUCAAGAGAAUAUAAAUCGUAUUGAAAGAUGUCUUGAAGAUAUUGUAAGUUGGAUGAAUGCCAACAUGCUGAAGCUAAACGGCGAUAAAACAGAGUUGAUCAUCUUCUCAUCUGAACAUAACGCACAACCUGUUUCAGAUGUUACAGUAACAGUCGACGGUUCGAAAAUUAGCCAAUCAUCUAGUGUGCGCAAUCUUGGUGCAUUUCUUGACUCGAACAUGAGGAUGGAACAACAUGUAAAUAAUGUCUGUAGGAACUGUUAUGCACAAUUAAGACAAAUCGGUCACAUCA